AUGGCAGCCCUUCUGAGACCCGCCCGCUGGCUUCUCCGUGCCGGGGCGACUGCGCGCCUCCCGUUGUCGCUGCGCCUCCUCGCGGGCGGCCCGGGCCGGCCGCACGCCGCCCUCUGUCAGCCCGCAGCUCGCGCCGCGCCUGGACAGCUACUGAGCCAAGCCAGGCUGUAUGCCAUUGCUGCUGAAAAAAAGAAUUAUCUUCAAGAGGAGUCCACUUCUCCAAGAAGGAGUGCCAGUCAAUUUGAUUGGGCUCUAAUGAGACUAGAUAAUUCUGUCCGAAGAACUGGCCGCAUCCCAAAGACUCUUCUACAGAAAGUCUUCGAUAACACUUGUCACUCAGGUUCCCCAGGUGGUAAUCAUGCCUUGCUUCUGCUGCGUAGCUGUGGUUCUCUCUUGCCUGAACUAAAGCUCUCAGAGAGGACAGAAUUGGCUCAUAGGAUAUGGGAUAAACUUCAGAAAUUGGGUACUGUGUAUGAUGUAAGUCACUAUAAUGCUUUACUUAAAGUCUACCUUCAAAAUGAGCAUAAAUUUUCACCAACUGACUUCCUGUCAAAAAUGGAGGAAGCAAACAUUCAACCAAAUCGAGUAACAUACCAAAGGUUGAUUGCCGCUUAUUGUAAUGUGGGAGAUAUUGAAGGUGCCAGCAAGAUUCUUGGAUUUAUGAAAUCUAAGGAUCUUCCAGUCACAGAGGCAGUAUUCAGUGCCCUUGUUACAGGGCAUGCAAGAGCUGGAGAUAUGGAGAAUGCAGAAAAUAUUCUCACAGUGAUGAAAGAGGCUGGAAUUGAGCCUGGUCCAGACACGUAUCUAGCCUUAUUGAAUGCGUAUGCUGAGAAGGGUGACAUUGACCAUGUUAAGCAGACUCUGGAAAAGGUGGAGAAGUCUGAUCUUUACCUUAUGGACCGUGAUUUAUUGCAAAUUAUCUUUAGCUUCAGUAAAGCUGGGUAUCCUCAGUAUGUCCCAGAAAUUUUGGACAAAAUUACAUAUGAAAGAAGAUAUAUUCCAGAUGCAAUGAACCUUAUUUUGCUUUUAGUUACUGAAAAAUUGGAAGAUACAGCAUUGCAAGUUUUAUUAGCGUGUCCUAUAGCAAAGGAAGAUGGUCUGAGUGACUUUGGCAGUUUCUUUUUACGGCACUGUGUGACUAUGAAUACGCCUGCAGAGAAGCUGAAAGACUACUGCAAGAAGUUAAAGGAAGCCCAGCUGCAUUCAUCUUCUUUGCAGUUCACACUUCAGUGUGCUUUACUAGCCAAUAAAACCGAUUUGGCAAAAACUCUAAUGAAGGCUCUGAAGGAAGAAGGUUUUCCUAUCAGAACUCAUUAUUUCUGGCCAUUGCUAGUUGGACAUCAGAAGGAGAAAAAUGUUCAAGGUGUAGUUGAAGUCCUCAAAGGAAUGCAUGAAAUGGGAGUAAAUCCUGAUCAGGAGACAUAUGUAAAUUAUGUGUUUCCAUCCUUUGAUAGUGUGAAGUCAGCUCGUGCCGUUUUGCAGGAAAAUGGAUGUUUACCUGAAAGUAAUACAUUUUCUCAUGCUGAAUUCAAAAGUGAAGCAGUAAAUGGGAACUUAGACUAUGUUUUAUCAUUUUUGGAAUCAAAUACAUUGCCUUUCUCAUUUACUUCUUUGAGAGGCAGCCUGAUUCUAGGCUUUAGGAGGUCUAUGAAUAUAAAUCUUUGGAGCAAAAUAACGGAACUGUUGUACAAGGAUGGACGUUAUUGCCAGGAGCCUCCAGGACCAACGGAAGCUGUUGGCUAUUUUCUUUAUAACUUGAUUGACAGCAUGAGUGACUCAGAGGUACAGGCCAAGGAGGAGCGUUUGAGACAAUACUUCCAUCAGCUGAAGGAGAUGAAUGUAAAAAUUCCUGAAAAUAUCUACAGAGGCAUUCGUAAUCUACUGGAUAGCUACCACGUUCCUGAAUUGAUUAAGGAUGUUAAUUUAUUGGUUGAAAGAGAGAAGACAGACUCUCGAAAACUUACAUCAUCUGAUUUGGAAUCUACACUUGAAAAACUAAAAGCUGAAAAUCAACCUAUAGGAGAUGUCCUAAAGCAACUCAUACUAGUGCUUUGUUCAGAAGAGAACAUGCAAAAAGCUCUUGAAUUGAAAGCAAAAUAUGAAUCAGACAUGGUUGUCGGUGGUUAUGCAGCUUUAAUAAAUCUGUGCUGUCGACAUGAUAAUGCAGAAGAUGCACUGAACCUGAAACAAGAAUUUGACCGUUUAGAUUCAUCUGCUGUCCUUGACACCAACAAGUAUGUAGGCCUUGUAAAAGUAUUGGGAAAACAUGGCAAACUCCAAGAUGCUAUUAACAUUCUAAAGGAAAUGAAAGAGAAGGAUGUUCUUAUCAAAGAUGCAACAGUCUUGUCCUUUUUUCACAUCCUAAAUGGCGCAGCUUUAAGAGGUGAAACUGAAACAGUAAAACAGUUACAUGAAGCCAUCAUGACUCUAGGGUUAACGAAACCAUCCAGCAACAUAAGUUCCCCAUUGGUCACUCUAUAUCUGGAAAAGGAUGACUUACCUGCUGCUCUUAAAGCCAGCAUUGACUGCUAUGAAAAGUAUAAAGUAUUACCAAGGAUUCAUGAUGUCUUAUGUAAACUGGUAGAGAAAGGCGAGACUGAUCUCAUUCAGAAAGCAAUGGACUUUGUGAGCCAAGAACAAGGUGAAAUGACGAUGCUCUAUGAUCUCUUCUUUGCCUUCCUACAAACAGGAAAUUACAAAGAGGCCAAGAAGAUCAUUGAGACUCCAGGCAUUAGAGCUCGACCCACCAGACUUCAGUGGUUUUGUGAUAGAUGUAUUUCAAGUAAUCAGGUUGAAACUCUAGAAAAAUUAGUGGAGCUGACAGAGAAGCUAUUUGAAUGUGACCGAGACCAGCUGUACUACAAUCUGCUAAAACUCUACAAAAUAAAUGGUGACUGGAAAAGAGCUGAUGCUGUCUGGAAUAAAAUGCAAGAAGAAAAUAUUAUUCCUCGUGGGAAGACAUUAAGAUUAUUAGCAGAAAUCCUUAAAAACAAUAAUCAGGAGGUUCCAUUUGAUGUACCUGAGUUGUGGUAUGAGGAAGAAGAACCUUCCCUGAAUUCUUCAGCACCUUUAGUUGGGGAAACUAAUUUACAGAAAGAACUAUCAAAUGCCUGCCAAAGGCAAAAAAGCAAAGAUGCAUAUAAUAUUUUCCUGAAAGCACAAAAGCAAAAUAUUGUGUUUAACAGUGAAACUUACAACAGUCUUAUAAAAUUACUGUUGAAGGAUAACUUUACACAAGCAAUGCAAGUGAAAGAUUUCGCUGAGACCCACAUCAAGGGCUUCACACUGAACGAUGCUGCCAACAGCCUCCUCAUCAUAACGCAAGUUAGGCGGGAUUAUUUGAAAGAGGCUCUAACAGCACUAAAGAUGGCCUUGGAUCUGAAGCAGACACCUUCUAGGAUAGCAGUGACCCGCCUGAUUCAGGCAUGUGCUUUGAAGGGUGAUUUAGAAAGCAUACAAGCAAUUCAGAAGAUGGUAAAUGGACUCGAAGAUUCAAUUGGACUUUCAAAUAUGGUUUUCAUCAAUAACAUUGCUUUGGCACAAAUAAAGAACAAUAACGUAGAUGUUGCAAUAGAAAACAUUGAAAAUAUGCUUACUUCAGGGAAUCAAACCACGGAAACCCACUACUUUGGCUUGGCGUACUUAUUCAGAAAAGUAAUAGAGGAACGGUUGGAACCAGCACUUGAAAAGAUGAGCAUCAUGGCAGAGAGAUUGGCCAAUCAGUUUGCAGUAUACAAACCCGUUACCGACCUUUUUCUUCAGCUUGUGGAUUCGGGCAAGGUGGAUGAUGCCAGAGCUCUCCUACAGAGAUGUGGUGCAAUUGCUGAACAAACCCCAAUUUUCGUGGCAUUCUGUAUGAGGAGUACUCGGACACCAGGAAAGGCACCAACGUUGAAAUCUUUGUUAGAAUUGAUUCCUGAAUUAAUUGAAAAGGAAGAAGUACACACUUCCAUCAUGAAAUGCUUUGUCUUGGACAAUGAUGUCUCAUCUGCUAAAACACUGUAUGAAAAUUUAACUGCAAAGAAUAUAAAAUUGGAUGCUCUGUUUCUAAAACGUUACGCAGUUUUGCUGAAGAAUGCUGGAGAACCUGUCCCUUUUGCUGAACCCCCUGAAAGCUUUGAAUUCUAUGCGAAGCAGCUAAAGGAGUUAAGAGAAAACCCUUUGUGAAACAAGCAAACACCGCUUUGUUUUGUGUGUAUUUGUGAUUCUGUGUCUAAGAUGUUAUUUUUUAAAUGUAUUUGAGAGACAAAAAUAAAUAAAUUAAAAGUUAAUCUGUUUAUGUGCUUGUAUUUAUUCAUAAUACAGGAUAUGAUAUAUUCAGCAUCUUACUGACGGUGGCUGUGUAUACGUGGUCACCAGACUUUUUGGGUUUUGCCGACAAUAUCAAUUAAUGGCAUUUUCUUUGGGGCUUCUGAUGUAUGAAGCCAUAAUUUUUUAGGAUCUUCUCCCAAUUGACUCUUCAGGUCCUGUACUCAGUUUCACUUAUUAUUGUCAUAAAAAGGUUUUCCUUUAUUUAAGACUUGCUUGUUAAUAUUGUUUAUCUGAAAAAUUUUAAAGCUGGACAGAAUGACAUUCAGCGAGCUUUCUGAUGUGUGAUAUUCUGUGAUGUAUCAAUUCUUUACAUGCGUGAAUCUCUGCAUCAUGUGUCAUUUUGUAAAAUGUUGGUGCUAGAAGUCAUCUUACAAGUCAUCAGAUCCACUGCUCGUCCUUGUCCAGUGAGGAGCAGAGAUCAGAGGGACUGUUGCUCGCCCUUGGUCGGGUGCUGUUUGCCAGCGCCUGGAGGUCCCUCGCGUGCCUGCCUUCUACCACAGGGGCUCCCGUGCGCGUCUGCUCACGGAGGUCUCCAAAACAGUCCGAGUGAUCAUGAAGUAGAGCAAGGCA